UUGGGAAUGUCCAUAUUGUAGAUAAAACACACUUUAGCAAAAUGAGGAACCCGUUCCUCAGUCUUUUGUUAAUAUACGCUGUGGGUUAUUAUUUGGAUUCGUGUGCCAGAGGCGCCCUUAACACCGAUGGCCUAUUCAAGAAAUAUGAACUUGCUUGUGGAAAAUAUCAGCUAUGUAACAGUCCGCCAUCCGAUGUCUUUUACCAUGCAGAGUUACACCGAUGUCCACCAUGCUCUUGUGACGAGACUUGCUUCGAAUUGAACAACUGUUGCCCGGAUGUGUUCUUUGGUGCCAAAUACAAAGUGUUUACUAACUUUGUCAUAGGAUCCGCCUCUGAUCAUGGUUCGGAGCGGUACGACAUGUUUGAGGUUAUUGCGCACUGUCCUACGGAAGCUGAUGCAAGCAUCAGAGCAAAAUGCGAGUCUUCGACGUCUCCCAAGACAUUGAUCAGGAACCCACCACUGACAUCUAUAGCGACAAAUCUGUCAUACUCAAACAGCCACUGCGCGUACUGUCAUGGCGAACGAGCAACCAACCUUGUCUAUUGGGAUAUGGGAAUAGGAAAAGUAGAUGUUCCAAUCCAGAUAAACAUUAUAAGCCCAUUUACACAAAUGUUAAAAAUAGGAGAAAUUAUGCAGAUACCAUUUUUAUUUACACCACCUCAAAGAGUGGGCAUGUUCGUGAAGAAGAUGCCCGUAAAAUAUCUAGUGCCUUCAACAUGCCCGGAUGAUGCCGAUCCUGACAUUGCAAUGGCUUGUAAGUCAUCCUAUUUUCUACCUUUUCGCCUCCACAAAAAUGUAUUCUGCUACAUUUGUAACUUACCUAAACAGAAUCCAUCGAUCAACUCGUGUAACUACACGGGUCAUUGGGAUGUCGAUGAUUCGUCGAUUAAAUAUGCUUGCAGCGACGGCGGAACAUCUCCCAUGACUCAUCCUUACAAAAACUUUUACUGCUUUCUUUGCAAUACAGUAACAAAUCCAAUGUCUGAUCAAAGUGCCACGUUGUUUGCAGUUAAAAAACAAAAUGUCAUCCAUUUUUACGAUGCCGUCUUUGAAUAUGAAGAGCGACACAGCGUUGAUUGGAGACAGAAGGAGACUCUUGAAUUAAAACUCAAAAACAUUGAGUUCCGAAAUAAUAAAAUGUUUCAACAAAUUAGUCAAACAAGACUCGAGAUUCACGAGGAAGUCUUGAUAAGUGACGGGUGGUAUGUUUAUAAAGACAUUCAGAUUGAUGUAAGAAGCCUCGUACAGACCAAAGUAGCCAUGUAUCCUGAUAGAAUUUGCAACAAAAACCUUCUUCCUUUUUCCGUUCGGAGCUUGGUGCCAACCAAUUGUGAGUGCAACAUUGAUUGCGUCUUCAGAAACGUCUGCUCCUGUUGUGUUGACACUGCUUUGAUAAGUGCAGCAACUUGUUUGUCUGAUGCCGUCCAUUACGAGUCGAGUCUACGUAACGAGGAAACGGAAAUUAUAGUAAUCGACGGAUGUUCCAUUAAGGAAUCCUAUCUGUUCUAUUUCAAGUAUAAGAAACUCUGUGAAAAGGACACAGGAAUGUUUUCUUCUCUUUUUGUCACAAACGGGACGUCAACCUACAAAAACGUGUUUUGUUUCUUUUGCAAUUCACCUUUAUACCGAUUAAAUACUGAGCUUCUUCACAGACCUUUUACACCGAUUGAUAUAAACAUUAUAUGUCCUAAGUUUCUCCAUUUUGUUUAUGCCGGAUCAAUUAAGGAUGUUAUCAAGUUAGCAAAGAGCGAAGGGUGUGCUGUAUUUUUUGAUACUGACAAGGCAACAAAAUGCAGAAAAAAGGACGACGAUGGUUUUGGAGUAGGAUUUGGGUUUUAUAGUUUCUAUGAAUAUCCAGAGUUUGGCGAAGAAAGUAAGACGAUUGAUGUAUGCAACAGCACAGGUAAUGUUGUUCAUGACAUUGACUUCAAUAUUCGAUGGGCAUGCGAGAACAUUAGUGAUCAAGCUUUCCCGCCAAUACCCGGAUUCAAAAAUGAGUAUUGUUUACUUUGCAAUUCAAAUGGCACAGCACAAAAGGUUAAUAGAAGCUGCGAACCAUCAAGCUCAAACUAUCUCAAAAUUUACAAAGAUGGAUGUGAAAGUCUGCCAGACGUAUCGGGUGUUUCUGAAAUUGCGCCUUUUAAGAACGCAUUCUGUUAUGCUUGUAACAAUCUGAAUUGUCUACACGAUCAUUGCUUCCCAAACUCAUCCUUCGAUGUUGAAGCUUCGGACUGUAAAAGUUCUAUGGGGAGUUACUUCCGUAUUCGCGACCAAUUUUUUUUGCCGAAGUACUCACCAUCAGUGAAUUUCUAUGCUUCUCCAAAGGAUGAAAUAGAGUCUGACACUUAUGGAUGCUAUCCGGGACGAGCACUGAUUGGAAAUACCUGCGAAUUAUUAUUAUCUGAAGCAAAAUUCGCAAUAUACGGUGUUGAUGUUUCUCUUGCCUUAACCGUCAAUUCUACUUACACGAAUGCCUCUGUUACGAUGGAAAAAAUUGAGCAGUCUCUUGGCACCAUAUUUUUACAACAUUUACCUGAAAAUACUCGAGAAUUUUUACAAUUUUUAUUGCUAUUGAACAAGAAUUCCUCAUUAAACUUGCCAGUUGAAAGCACCAUGAGCAACGUUCAUUUGCUUGUGGAUCUGUAUUUUGAAGUUCAGUUCAUGGACUUUGAUAGACGUUCUGUGGAGGCCAAAUUGCUAAACUUUCCGAGUUUAAUUGAGCAGACUUCCUCCCUAGAUGAAGGAUCAAUAGAAUUCAAAAUCAAAAGCCUUGGAUUUUCAUACCCUGCCGAUUCUAUAAAAAACAGCAUGCCAGAUGCAAUUUCGACCUUGAAAUUGAAAGACAUUAUGAAUGCCUACUUUAAAUUGCCCCCCGAUGUUAUCCUGGUGGGUACCUUACUCUUCUGCAUUCACCAAAAGUUCAACUCUAGCUUGUUUUUCUUCGAUGAUGAAAACCUAGAAAUAAUCUCAAAUCAAACAAUGCGUCGAUUUAAGAUAGGCGAAUUCGUUUUGGAUUUUGAAGCUUUAAUUGGAGUUUGUAUGUAUAGUGAUGGCGGUGAAAGUUCUACAGAAUACCUCUUAGAUGGUAUUGUUGUGGAGGUCAAGUACUUGCCCACUGUAUUUAACGGUAUCAGUGCAGUGUGUAUGACUUCAGUAUUUAUAAGCUACUGUUAUUUCAAAAUCCUAAGAACACCUACUGGUGUUAAUGCAAUUUUUGUUUCCCUCUUUCUGUCUUGGUUUCAUAUAGUGAGUUCUUUAGUGAAACUCCUUCAACAUAUCAAACUAGCAUGCUUCGUUAUUGGGCUUGCUCUUCAUUACUUUUGGCUAUCUAUUUCUUGUUCUGUUUGUGUAACAGCCUGCCAUCAGUUUUCACUUUUUCGAAACACCAAAAUGGAGGACAAAGAAUUGCAAGACACAACGAAGUGGAUAACUCUAAUCCAUCUGAUUUUCAGCCUCUUCACUCCAAUGCUAAUUGUGGGUCUCAAUGCUAUACUGUUGCACGUGUUUCUAUCUGAUCCUUUCUAUUACAGCACUGACAAAUGCUUCCUAAAUCAUAACCUGUCAUACAUUGUGACUUUCCUCUCUCCUUUGAUACUGUCCGUCAUCAUGAUAUCAUUUUUCAAUGGAAUGGCUUUAAAGAUGGUCAUCACUGUGAAGGGAAAAUUAAUCAAAAAGAAAAAGGCCCAGUUUUUCAUACUGUUAAAAUUUGCAAUGUUUGUUUGCAUGUUCGCCAUUCUCCAGAUCACCGAAUGGUUUGUCGAUACAUCACACUAUACCUUCGUGAUUGAGUUGAUGGUGUCGACACAGGGAUGUUUUGUUUUCCUUGCCUUUUGCUGUUCCUCUCAUGUCUGCGGUUGGAGAAAAAACAAUGAGGAUUCUUCGUCAGGAAGCGAUAUAAACCAAACAAUGGAAAACAAAAUGGAAGUUAAGGAUACAGAGUAAUUGCGUUGCAAACUGUGGAAUCAUAAGAUUUCGUGGUGCCUCUAUUUUCGUUGAAUUCGUGGGUACCUCUCAACCACGAGUAAACAUCGUCCACAAAUUAAUAAAAUAGGGUUAUAAAGCCAUUUUUUCUUUUAUAGGUAUAAGAAAUUCACGAAAUUACAUCCCCAAGAACCUAUUAAAUUUCAGCAAUCCACGAAAAUUGGCCCCCACGAAUUUUUAUGAUUCCACAGUAUACGCUGAUUUAUGCUAAAAUCACCCCCCCCCCCCCCGGAAGGAAUAGACAAAACAGUACUCUGUUUGACAUGAAUCACCUGUUUAAUAAUUGUGUAUUGUUCUUGUUCUGUUACUUAUCAGAUUUAACGAAUUUACGAAGGCUUGGUGACCAUGACCAUUUUAAGCUGUAUUGGGUAAAAAGAAUAGAGUGGAAUCAUUUUUAUCUGUGGGGGUCAAUGGUCGUGGGUAUCCGAAAAUUUUCUGGUUCGAGGGGACGUAAUUUCGUUGGUAUAUGUAGCAAGUUCUAUUUCGUAAAUAUCUAUUAAUUUCAUGCUUGUAUAAUGUAUAAACGUUCGUGGGGAUGUUAAUUUUAAGGCAAGGGUUACCAACGAAAGCCACGAACAUUGGUCCCCCACGAAAAAUGAUGACUUCACAGUACCGCAUGCGUUGUAAAAGUAAUAUUCAAAAUUAUUUGUUUUCAUUGUGUUUUGUUGUUACGUACAUUGUGAAUGUUCAUAUUAAAUUAAGUGUUUUUGAACAGAUUUUUAAACCUCUGCAUGCUUUCAAAUGUUAGUACGUUUUAUUUAUAACGACUUAUGGUUAAGAAGUAAAAUGUUAGUGUUGUUGUAAACUUGAUGUUGCAUUAAAUGAUUUUUGUGCCUUUGACUAUUCAAUAAUUAAAAUCAAAACUUAUUAAAGGAAUGGGGACGAAUUGUAUUUGUAUGGCUGUAUUUGACAUUUAUAUAUAAUAUUUUAUCAAAAUUCUCCAUGUAAUGUUUUAAAAUCAAUUUGUUGUUUGCAAAAAAUAAAA